AUGACGUUCAAAAUUUGUAUCAACACCACCAAGCAAGGCACGGUUUUCCAGGCAUGCUCGGAAAUUGAUUGCAUGCAUUGGCCAUGGCGGAAUUGUCCUACCGCUUGGCGUGGAAUGUAUACGCGAGGCGAUCAGGGACAUCCAACAAUAAUUCUAGAAGUUGUUGCGUCUCAAGAACUAUGGAUUUGGCAUGCUUUCUUUGGGAUUCCUGGUUCGAAUAACGACAUCAACAUUCUACAAAAUUCCGAGGUUUUUGAUGAUGUUAUAAAAGGGAUCGGUCCUGAUACGAGGUUUACGGUUUCGGGAGUGGAGUACAGACGCGGGUAUUAUCUUGUCGAUGGAAUAUACCCACAAUACUCUACAUUGUUAAAACGGGUAGGCAUCCUCCAGAUGAAAAAAGAAAGAAAUUUGCCAAGUUUCAAGAAGCGGCUAGAAAAAGAUAUUGAACGGUGUUUUGGGGUUCUCCAACAAAGAUGA